CUCUCUGGGGACAUGGAGAUAGUAGCACAACUCAUGCAGCUCUCAAAUAUUCAUGGAUACAUGUCUCUUGAGUCACCUCGCUGAGAUGAAAUGUGGCAUAAACUCUGUCUGGUGUGAAUCUGGUUAAAUUGAGUAAAUAAAAUUACAACAAAGAGGAAGAACGGGGGAAAAAAAAUGAAAAUUUACCUGAAUGAGUGUCUCAGUGCUUUCGGGCUACAGCAUCACUAUGCCAGGUUUACGUCAAUAGGAAUUCGUUGUGUUGCCCACCUUUCUGCACUCACCAUGGAGGACUUUCCCAUCCUAGGAAUCCGCACUAUGGAGGAAAGGACUCGACUGUUCAAUCUGAUCCAAAUGGUCAAAACUCUCGACUCUCUUGAAUAUGAGGACGAAGACGGUGAUGAUUACAUUGAAAAUGCUGGUGCUAAAGGCUUUGCUGUAGUAAAUGGUUGUUUUACUAAUGACGGCUGCGUGGGUCAUGAUGAUGAUAUCGAUGAUGCUGAGAAUGAGAGGGACUUUGUCGUGAAUAGGCAGAAUGCAGCCACAUUUGACAGACCAUCAUGCCUUCGCAGACGGCCUGAUCUCAGCCACAGAAGCACCGAUCAUCAUCAGAGGCUGCCUUCUCGUCCCGUACACUCUGCUCCUGUCUACACUGGCCAUAAUGUUAAUGCCAUGUCAGUCCAUGGCAAAGGCUCAGCCACACCUGGGAGAGACAACCACAUUACAGAAUACUAUAGUCACCCAUCUAAUCAUCUCACAGGAGGAGACACCAAGGACAACUCAUGCGCCAGAUCUUUGGUGAUCAGGUCACCAAAGUGUGCGUCAGUCUACCAACAAAAACCCAGGCCUGCAACAGUGGUGUCAAAGAGGUCUAACGGCAAACCACCUGGGCUCAAAGACCCUAAAAGCAUCUCUAAGAAGGAUAAAGUUCUCACAGAAAUUAGCAGUAACGGGGAUUCUGGAUCCAUGACUAAUUCACCACCCAUUUAUGAAUCAAAGAGAACACCUGGCUACAACUACGGACUACCACGGAGUUCCACUCCUGCUCUGAACAAAAGGAGGCAAGGAGAGCAGCGGAUUUGUGUGUGCGUGAGGAAAAGACCUCUGACGUGUGCAGAGAGCAGGAGAGGUGAAGCAGAUGCUGUGACGACUUCAGACAGAGAGUGUGUUGUCAUCAAUGAAACCAAAGUAGCUUUGGAUCUCACACAAUACAUACUGCAGCACAGGUUCUUCUUUAACCAGGUAUUUGGAGAAGAGAGUUCCAAUGAGGAAGUGUAUCAGAGAACAGCAUAUCCUCUGGUGCAGCACAUGCUCAGUGGAGGCGAGGCCACUUGCUUUGCAUAUGGCCAGACAGGUGCGGGGAAGACUCACACCAUGUUGGGCUCAGCCACAGGGAAGCCUGGAUUGUAUGAACUUGCAGUCCGGGACAUCUUUACACACUUGUCCACCUCUCAUGUGCAAAAUCAGGCGUAUGUCAGUUUCUUUGAGAUUUACUGUGGCCACCUGUAUGACCUGUUGGACCACAGGAAAAGGUUGUUCGCGAGGGAGGACAGAAAGAAAGCGGUUCAAAUUGCCGGAUUGCGGACUGUCAGGGUGGAGUCGGCCGACUCACUGCUGGAGGUGAUUUCACAGGGCAUUAAGGAACGCAAGCAGGGGACGAAUGGAGUAAAUGCACUUUCUUCUCGGUCUCAUGCCUUGCUUGAAAUUCAGCUCAAAGGUGAAAACCUCCAGUCAGCUGGCAGAAUUUGGUUUGUGGACCUUGCAGGAAGUGAGAGGGCAUCCGACACCAAAGAUCCAAACAGACAGAGUCGUAUCGAGGGCGCUGAGAUAAACCAGAGCCUGUUGGCUCUCAAAGAAUGUAUCCGGACUCUCGAUCAAAAGAAACAGCACAUACCUUUCAGACAAAGCAAACUUACACAGGUUUUAAAAGACUCAUUUAUUGGUGACUCUCUGACAUGCAUGAUUGCCAACAUUUCACCUUGUCAUUUAGCGACCGAACACACACUUAAUACACUGAGAUAUGCUGAUCGUGUGAAAGAGUUGACAAAACAGGAAUGCCUGAGAGGAGGAAAUGUGGUGAAAAUACCAGUCAACACCCGAAAGGUCCCUGAGCAGGACCAUAAAGAUGCAAUGUUGAAUUCGCCUCACCUUAGCUCCACCUUGUCCUAUAAAUGCGAGAGCAGGAGACUACGGAGCAUCAAGAGCAGGACUACGAGACUGAGAAACAGCUUCUACCCUGGAGCUGUCAGACUCCUGAACUCUCUGUAG